GUAUAUCCUCCUCCUAGCUGUAGGUCGCCCCGGUUGUUCUCGCAGCAUUUCCGGGCCGGACCGAACCUGGGACGCGGCGUUCUCAGGUGACGUCAUACGGCGCUAUUGUCACAAGGUUCCGAGAGAGAAGCCGCGGAUGUGUUAAUGGAUUCCAGGCCUGGUUUUCAGAGAGGGCUGGGAGGUAGCGGGGGAAACAGCAAUGAUAUAUAUGCCUUCGGCGGCUCAUCCUCCAGCUCCCCGGCUCAGGCCCGGCGGCGGAAGCAACCCCCUCGGCCGGCGGACUUUAAACUGCAGGUUAUCAUUAUCGGCUCCAGGGGAGUCGGCAAAACCAGCCUAAUGGAGAGGUUUACAGACGACACUUUCUGCGAGGCUUGUAAAUCCACAGUGGGAGUUGACUUUAAAAUAAAAACUGUGGAACUAAGAGGGAAGAAAAUUAGAUUACAGAUAUGGGACACAGCUGGCCAGGAAAGAUUCAAUAGCAUAACAUCCGCCUACUACAGGAGUGCCAAGGGUAUCAUUUUAGUCUAUGAUAUCACCAAGAGGGAGACUUUUGAGGAUUUACCCAAAUGGAUGAAGAUGAUUGACAAGUAUGCAUCAGAAGAAGCAGAACUUCUUCUGGUAGGCAAUAAGCUGGACUGUGAAAUUGACAGGGAAGUUACAAGGCAACAGGGAGAAAAGUUUGCACAACAGAUCAGUGGGAUGCGUUUCUGUGAAGCAAGUGCCAAGGACAAUUUCAAUGUUGAUGAAAUAUUUUUGAAACUGGUUGAUGACAUAUUAAAAAAGAUGCCUCUGGAACUGAUGCGGAGUGAAUUAUCCAACAGUAUUCUGUCUCUUCAACCAGAACCUGAAGUCCCACCAGAAUUGCCUCCACCUAGGCCUCAUGUUCGUUGUUGUUGACUUUGCUUCUCUCUGUCAGACAUGGCAGAACCUUGGCAUUCUGCAAUACAAUCACUAGGAAAGCUCCGGUUUUUGAACUUCUAUUUCAGAGCUGUGUUUAUAUGCAAAGCGUCAGCCCAUGGGUCAGUAUGGGAAGUAAUAAUUGUCUUUCCUUGUCCAGAGUUUGCACGCUAGGUGGAAGUUGCUCUGGAAUGGAAAGUUUUGCCCACCGUCUUGGGCUCUCUAAUGCCAUGGUUCUUGGAAUUUCCCGUUCUCAGCUCAGCCUGCUGUGUUGUGGUUAAGUGUUUAAAUCUUGGUUUUAUCAGCUCAAAGUGUGGACAGGCUUGUCUGUCUUUAAAAAUUAAAAUUACUCUAAAUUUUUUUUUUUUUUUUUUUAUUUGUUUCUUUCCUUCCUGUAUUUAGACACAUGUAUGGUGCUUUGCUAAAUUUAUCAUUGGAUUUAAAAUGUAAUGGCCUCCAAGGAAAAUGCUUCCUUAAACAUUAUUAUAAUAUUUAGUUUAUUAUAUUAAGCAAACAGUUUUUUGUUUUUUUUCUCUAGUAGUUACUGGAACUGCCAUGAAUAUUUUUCCAGUAGUUUUAUUUUAUUUGGAAUAUUAUUUAUUAACAUAUAAGUUGUAUGAAGGAUAUGUUUGUUUCAAUCACUCCAAGAGUUUGCACUUUGCUUUGUCAAAGCUGCCUGCUCCUUUGUAUAAAGCUACAUGAACAUAAUGUUUUUCUGAACGCAGUCCAGAAAUUUGUGGUAUUAAGGCACAUUGGACAGGGCUAACACAGUAUGUUGUUAGUGGGUUCCAGAGACUAUUUUAUGAUGUAACAUUAAAUGUGGUCACAUGGAAGAAACGACUGAAUAUAAAAGCUGCUGACAAUUAAAAAGCAGCCUCGCUGUUCCAAAUGGAGACUAAUCACACUGAAACAAUGUUGUUUUUUUUCUAUUAACCUACCAAAUAUGUGCAUUUAAUUGCCAUUUUUUAUGGGAGGGUUGAAAGGCUUACAUUUUAUUUUUCCGGAAAACCAGAACAUACACCGAAGUGGCACAUAUGGUGGAUUUGUGAACUUUGUCUAUGGUAUCUUUUUAAAUGCACUGUAAAAAUCCAGUAUUGGGGAAACAGUGAUAAGAUAUCCAUUUGGAUAAGUGUGUGUCCUGUGGUAUUUGAAACAUUAUAGUAUUUCUAACUAAUGAAGUGAAAAUAAACUUUUUUUUUUUAUU